AUGGUAAAGAAGUACUUUGUUGAUGUUGUUGUUCUGUUGGAACCUAGAACUAGUAGUGAAGUGUGUAGGAAAUUGAUGAAAAAAUUGGGGUUUGAUAGUCUUAUAGUAGAAGAAGCUCAAGGGUUUGCUGGUGGGAUAUGGAUUAUGUGGCAAUCAAAGAAGGCAGAAGUGGUAGCAGUAUCUCAAUCUUCCCAAUUCAUCCAUUGCAGAAUCAAAAUUCCUUCUGGUCAGUUUUUCGAAUUUAAUGCUGUUUAUGCAAGCCUUACCCAGAAUUUAAGAGAAAAGCUAUGGGAUGAUUUGCAUAAUCUUAGUGACACUAUAACGGGUCCUUGGAUUUUAGGUGGUGAUUUCAAUGAAAUUGUUUACUCUCAUGAGAAGAAAGGGGGUGUAGCAGUUGAUCCUUCAAAGUGUGCUAAGUUUGCAUCUAUUCUUAAUGAGUGCCAGGUUGCUGAUUUGGGGUGUGAUGGCUCACCUUUUACCUGGCAAGGCCCUAAAUGA